AAAUUAUUAGAAGAAGAAUUGCAGAUUGCAAACCCGCCAUGUGAAACAAGGAGUUGUUUAGAAUUAUAAUUAAUUAAUUGAGGUAAAUAUCACAGGUUAUUAUUGAAAACGUUAAUAGAAACCCAGCUAAGAGACCAUGCGUGUUUUUUUUUUACCGGCCCUGUGAUGUUUGAGACCUAGCCGAAGCUUAAAUGUUCCGCUAACACCAACUGGUUCGGGUUUUGGUGAAAAGGGAGUCCGAAAAUGGAGGAAAUGGUGGUGGAAUUGGACUCAGGGGAAACGUCUGGAACCGGGUCGGAUCAGCAGGUCGCCAAUGCGUGGGCAUCAGUCACAGCAGCUUUGGUUUCUCCAGGAUGUUCGCAGUCGGACCAGGACCUCUUAGACUCCCUGGCUCUGCUCGGCUAUCAUGGUUUGAGUCGUCUGCUCGGUGUCUGGCUGCUGGAGACUCUGCAGGUGCGUCUGUCGUCUUCAGUGGUUCCAGAAUUCUGGUCAGGGCUGAAUCAACCAGAGAACGAACUAGAAGAACGCGACAGAACGAGUGUUUUACUCACCACGUUCAGGACUCUGCUGGACCGCCUGGAACCUUUCCUGAGUGGUUUGGAGAAUCUGGGGGUGUGGCAGGAGGAGGGCCGUGGUGGUCUGUCUGGUCCGGGCCCCAGGGCCCUCCAGGAGAGGGCAUUCACCACCAUCAGGGCUCUCCUGCUCUUCUCCCCGCCUGCUGUCCUGCAGGAGCGAGUGCUGGAAUUUUAUAGCAGGACCUUCUCCGUCUACAUGAAUCAGGAGGGGGGAGAGGAUGGGUCCGAGGCUCCAGAUGGCCCUGACGGAGGUGCCUGCCCAGGCUGUGGAGUCCUGGUGCAGCGGUGUUGGUGUCAGGAGGCCCUGGAGCAGCUGCAGGACUUCAGCCUCAUUCUAUCCAGGCUGCAGCUGCUGGAGUGGGUCAGCUCCGAGGCCGUCACCUCCAUCCUGCACAGACUCAUUGAGCAGCGUAUGGAGCAGCACUGCCGGGGCGAGUACGAACGCUCCUUUCUGCUAGAGUUCCAGGAGUGGUUGGAGCUGGUUCUGGGAUGGCUGGGCAAAGUGUUCGCCAGCAAGAGGGAUGGAGAUGCUGCAAUCACGCCAGCUGCCAAUGUUCCCAGUAUCCAAGGCAGCCAGCCUGCCAGCUCGGUUCUGAAGCAGUGGAGGUGCCAUAUGCACCAGUUCUUCUGCAGGAUCUACGUCAACAUGAGGAUCGAGGAGCUCUUCAGUAUCAUCAGGGAUUUCCCAGAAUCCAAACCUGCCAUUGAGGAUCUGAAGUUUUGUCUGGAACGAACCAACCAGCGUCAGCAGCUCCUCACCUCAUUAAAAUCGGCCUUUGAAAGCCGUCUGCUGCACCCAGGUGUUCACACGUCGGACAUCCUCACAGUUUACAUCUCGGCCAUCAAAGCUCUGAGGGAGCUCGACCCAUCCAUGGUAAUCCUGCAGGUGGCCUGCCAGCCCAUCCGAAAGUACCUCCGGACUCGGGAGGACACGGUGAGGCAGAUCGUCGCUGGGCUGACAGGAGACGCCGAAGCCUGCACCGACCUGGCCUCCGAGCUCUCCAGGGGAGACCCGGUGACUCUGGAGAUGCAGGACAGCGACGACGAAGGCAACGACCCUGAGGACUGGGCUCCGGAUCCGACCGACGCCAUGCCCGAUAAACUAGGUUCCAAGCGGCGUUCGUCCGACAUCAUCAGCCUGCUGGUCAGCAUCUACGGCAGCAAGGACAUCUUCAUCGACGAGUACAGAGCCGUGCUGGCCGACAGGCUGCUGCACCAAUUCAACUACAACACGGCCAGGGAGAUUAGGAACGUGGAGCUGCUCAAGCUGCGGUUCGGAGAGUCUCACAUGCAUUACUGUGAAGUCAUGCUGAAGGACAUGGCGGACUCUCGCAGGAUCAACAGCCACAUCCGUGAGGAGGAGUCGAAGCUGAGUGAGGACGAGCAGCCGCCACUCGCUCUGUCGGCCAUCGUCCUGUCGUCUGAGUUCUGGCCCACGCUGAAGGAGGAGAAGCUGGAGCUCCCUGCCUGCGUCUGCCGGGCAAUGGAGGCCUACACGCGCCGCUACGAGAAGCUCAAGGCCAUGAGGACGCUGAGCUGGAAGCCUCACCUGGGCUCCGUCACUCUGGAUGUGGAGCUGGAGGACCGAACCCUCACCAACCUCACAGUGUCCCCCAUCCAUGCCGCCAUCAUCGUGCAUUUCCAGGAGAAAAGUUCGUGGACCCUGGAGGAACUGAGCUUGAAGCUGGGCGUCCCAAAGGAGCUGGUGCACAGGAAGCUGGCUCUGUGGCAGCAGCACGGCGUUCUGAGGGAGGAGGCAGCUGGCCGCUACUCCGUGUUGGAGAUGGGCUCAUCCAGGGAGAAGGUGGACAGAGGGAUGAUGCUGAUCGACAGCGACGAGGAGAGGGACUCCAACACCACCACCCAGUCUGAGCAGAGAGAGGAGAAGCUGCAGCUGUUCUGGGCCUACAUCCAGGCCAUGCUCACCAACCUGGACAGCAUGACGCUGGAGCGCAUCCACUCCAUGCUGCGGAUGUUCGUCGCCACGGGACCCGUCGUCACGGAGAUGGACAUCAACGAGCUGGAGGCCUUCCUCCAGAGGAAAGUCAGAGAGCACCAGCUGAUCGUGUCCACAGGUGUCUACAGACUGCCCAAAACCAACUGAUGGAGGACGGUGGGUUCGGGUGAACCAGAAAAUUACAGAACUGAAAAAACUGCUUACUGCAGACUCUGAGAGCCUGAGUGUAAAAGAGCCAGAAGUUAGUAAGAGAAAAAUGAUCAAAUAAAAAGUCUCCAGCCUGGAAAA